AGACUCAGAGGUGUGUUGUGUGCCAGUUCAGUUGACUGUGAUGCAUAAAAAUGCAGUCUAGGCAGACAGAUCAUUAGGAUUUGGGACACCGCCAUUAACAGCGGAUGGUGGUGUUACGUAAACUCCAUGGCAAAAGUGUUUGUGUCAGUUCUGCAUGAGUCUGCUCUAUUCCAGGUGUUAUCCUCAGGAUGACAGGACUGUGAGCUUCUCUUCCCAUGUAUUCAAGAGAUCAAACCCAAGAGAGGAACAGCAGCGGACCAGCACUGUGUGUUACCAAUAAAAUGUCAUUUAAAUCCACGACACCACUAAAGGUUUUGCAUGACAGAGUGUGAUGACCCAUGCACGGCAGAGGAACUCUUUAUGUGGAUAUAAGAGUGAAUCUGCGGACCAGGUGAGCUGUCAGACAACUAUGGACAGAACUUGGCCAGAAAAGAAGGCUAAAAAAUGCUCUACCCAAAGAGGAAAAGUUAAGGAAAUAAAAGGGAAGACCACAGAGAGAGACCGGAAGCUGUACCCCCUCAGGGGACGACAUGGAUUGGGUGAAGUGAGCGCGCUUAACUGCUGUGUCGUACUGACGCGCUUGGACGAGAGCGAAACGUGUAGGAACAGCAUGAAGGGCAAGGAGAAGGAAAUGCAGGUGAAGGCGAAAAUCUGCAAGUGUCGCAAGAAAACUUGUAAGACUUGCCAGUCAGCGCCUGAACCAAAAAGCAAAGUGAAACCGGAUAAAUCUGCCUUAUACACAGAAUUCGUCCUUGAACCUCGUCAGAGACGGCUGGCCUCUCUGAAUGCAGAGGCCGUUAACAGUCUGCUGUUGGACAGAGAGGACCCCCAACAGGCAUCAAAACUCUCAAAGAAGCAGCAACAGACAAAAGGAGACACUUCUAUCUCUAAAGACACAGUGAAAGAUAAUGAUUGUUCUAGAAAAGUCCAAGACAACCGUAAACGCACAUGUACCGGAGAGACUGAACAAUGUCGAAACCACAAAAAAGCGAAGACGGAGGCUGACGCUAUUGAUCUACAGACUCUAAACAGUCCUGCUCCCAAGCGCCUGGCUGGUUUAAAUGCGGCCGCCCUGCUCAAGCUGACCAGCACGUCCUCUGGAGUGAAGCGCAGAGGUAAAACAGAUGGCAAACCGACCGGCGGAGGAGUGCGAGGGAAACCGCUACAGUCUAAAUCACGUAAACAGCAGCACAACUUGGCCUGUCAGUCCAAGUUAAAAGUAGCGCAGCAAUGCUGCAGCCUCUGCGAGAAGCAAGCCCUCCACACUGAGGCAUUGUGGGACGGGAGCACAGGAAGCCAUGGCUUUAUUAGCCCCAGAUAUCAGUGCAGAUCCAUGCUCAGCUUUCCCCUGAAGCCUGUGAAGGAAGAGAAAACAGAGACUGAUGUGAAAUCAUAUUACUGCUGUUCCCAGGAGAGAUCAGUGGAGUACUGCCAUAGACUAGCCCUGUUCCUCGGCCAGAAAACCUUCCCGGAAACCGAUGAACAUUCUCUGAAGGGAUUUCUUCCUUCUCCUCACACGCUGACACAUCCAGCUAUGCCCAUCGGUGCCCAUUCCUAUCCCUGUUACCCUGGGUACUAUGUCCACAUUGCCCAUCACGGGACUCCGGCGCUUCCCGUAAGCUCAAAUCCAGGAAGCCACGCGCCCUCGUCCGUACCCCCACUGGCGAUGCGCACUAGUGGGGUCCAGAGACCAAAAUUGCUGCCCUCUUCGGUUUCCCAUCCUACAGGGAUCCCUCAUCCGGCGUACUGUAACUCUGUGGGCACCUGCUACGGAGAAGCCUGCAGGCUCAACAGCUAUGCCUACAGACCCACGCAACCCAUCACUAGCAGGGGCUGCUCGUACAACGCAGGAUGCUCCAGCUGCAUGCACAAAGUGGAAAAAGAAGACUACUCUUACCCUCUGGAUGACCACAGCUCAUCCAUCACAAUGCCUUCUGCCAUGCCUCUGUCCAUCUGCCCCAUCUCCAGUGUGCCUCCACCCACCCAGUCAGUGCCCCACCUGCAGACGCCUCUUUCCGACGCCAGUCGACCCCAGGUGAAGAUUAGAGUGGGACGGGAAUGCCCUCAGAGGGCCAAGCCGCCCAGUGGCUCUCGUUCUGGGGUGCGGGACUCUGCUGUUUGCCCCCACAUUAAGGAUGGCCAGCUGGGAGCAGGCCAUGGCAGUGGCUCUGCCAAGCAGCCUAAGAUCAGCCGUCGCCGGGCAACAAACGGCUGGCUGCCUGUUGGUGUGGCAACAGAAAAGGAAGUAUUCAUCGCGGGCGAGGAAUCAACAUCCCUGCGCAGGUGCUAUGAAGGAGUGCAGAGAGAUGGAGAGGUGAUCAAGGUCAGAGACACCGUGCUACUGCGCUCAGGUCCCAGGAAGAAGUCCCUGCCUUAUGUGGCCAAAGUCUCUGCCUUCUGGGAAGACCCUGAGUCAGGGGAGCUGAUGAUGAGCUUGUUUUGGUACUACCGCCCAGAGCACACUCAGGGGGGUCGCAAUCCCAGCAUGCACUGUGAGAAUGAGAUUUUCGCAUCUCGGCAUCAGGAUGAAAACAGUGUGGCAUGUAUUGAGGAUAAGUGCUAUGUGUUGACAUUAGCACAGUACUGUAGAUUUUGUGCCUUGGUGAAGUGUCAUGAGGAGGGCUUACGCAGACGUAGCCCCCUGGUCCCUCCCUCCGACUAUGUAAUUCCAGCUCAUCGUUGCGUGCCCAACGACAUCGAUCCCGACCUGGUGUUCGUCUGCCGCCACGUUUACGACUUCCGCUAUGGCCGUCUGCUGAAAAACCUGCAGUAGGUCUGAAUGGAGCCAUACACUGAAACCAGAAUCCAAAACGUUAUGACACAAUCAAAGUCCUAUCAACUGGAUGGCUACAAGUCUUUAGGGAGUUGUUGUUGUUUUCAAUUUUUUUUUUCCUUUAAGAUAAAUGCUCUCGGCGUAGCACUCCUGAAAAAACGUUUCUUUCAGCUAUUAUCCCUUGUGACUUUAUAUAACGGCAUUCUGAGCACAACUACCUUGAGUUCAAAGGUACCGAUCGCCAAAAUGUGAUUUUUCACUCCAUGAAUUUGAGUAUUUAUUUUUGCAGUUAUCUUUUAUAUUUGCUGAAUGAGUGUAAAAAGAAGAAGAAAUUAAUGCAGGUACAUUAACAAUGACCUUGAAUUAUGGAAUAGAGCUCUAAUAUUCCCUUUUUUGGUAGUAAACGCACCCUUAUUAAACUAAUUAUCUGUAGAUGGAAGGUUAAAAAUAUUUAUUUUUAGAUAAAUUGAACACAAGCUCCAUCUUUUAGGAGGCACCAAUCAGUUUGAUCCACAGCACACUGGCCAAUCAUUCAUUCAGUCGUCAUAACAGGGUGUGGGGGAUCACAGAUUUAUUGUGGCGGACCAAAUAUCCCAGAAUGCAUUUGGUUAACCAACUUGCCAUUCUGACCAAUGUGUAAUGAGCUUUCGUCCUCCCGUCGCCCAUCAUGACUUGCCUUAUAUCUUACACCGAGUUUUCCCGUUUUCUGCCUUCCCAGCAAACCAAAGGUUAUCACGCCACUCCUUAACAUCCACCUUCGCAACUCCAUUAGUUUGCACUAAAACUUCUCAUUCACCGAGUCAGCAGUCUGACUCAGUUCCAAACGUCACCUGCUACUGAUCUCCAAUGCAGGAAAAUACUGUGUAUUUGUUGUACGUGUACAAAGAGAUAUGAGAGAACUCGCUAACUGUUAGUUACAAAUGUGAAUGGACAAACUUUAUCUCGCGCGCACAGGCCUGCUUUCAACGUGUGCCCUUUGCUUCUCGUCCUACAUGGUAGUUUUGUUACAAGAUCGCUAAUUAUGAUAUGAGAAAGCUGUUUUAUAUGGUCUGUUUGUGCCUUUAAAUAGUUGACAGUCUGCUAUGUGAAGAAAUACUGGUUGGUUGGUUUUGUUUUUCCUCAAGCCUCUUCACAUUUUCGGCCUGCUUGUUUUGCACCACAUUGUUAUCCAUGCUAAAUAGCAUCGAUAAGAUCGCACUAUGCUGACCUUCACACUUCCCUAUUUUGGACUUUUUCAAGAAUCAAAAACAAGAGGACUUUACAUAACAUGGAAGAGUUAAAGAGUGGUAUUGUACUCACAGGGUCUCCCAAAAAGGUCAACCUCUGAUGACUGAGGAGACCUGUUUUUUUUUUUUUUCUUUACGUAAAGACUAUUUGUUUUAGGUUACCGACCUUUUUUAAGUUCAGAUGUGCUUUGUUGCGGUACUCUUAAAACCAUUCCUUUCACAUUAUGAGUAAAUGUUAAUUAAUCGGAAGUAAUAAGUAAUUAUGUCAUUGUGAUGAAGUUGAGAUAUGAAGAUACGACUUCGGCCUUUGCAUAUAUAUAUAUAUAUAUAUAUACAAAAACAGAAGUGAAAUAAUCUUGUCCUGAUCUUCCAUUCUGUUUUUUUUUUUUUUUUUUCUCAGUUAAUGUUAUCUCCUAGCGUCAUAUCAGCCAGUUUAGAUGUGUUAAUGCCAUAGAGGUUUCGCGGAACAUUUAAGCAGAGAUCGUUUUGCUUUGGUUGGCGGUGUGGUUGAGUAGACUCCUUAAUGGUUAUAAAUAUAUACCAAAAUAUACAAAAACAGACGUGAAAUAAUCUUGUCCUGAUCUUCCGUUCAGUUCUGUUUUUUUUUGUUGUAUUUUUUGUCUCAGUUAAUGUUAUCUCCUAGCAUCAUAUAAGCCAGUUUAGACGUGUUAAUGCCAUAGCGGUUUCGCGGAACAUUUAAGAGAUCGUUUUGCUUUGGUUGGCGGUGUGGUUGAGUAGACUCCUUAAUGGUUGCUGUUUGUGUGGAAAUUAUGUAUUUUUGAAAUGUAUACUUCUCUAGCAGAAUGUUCUGGAUGGCAAAUACAACAUAUUGUGUACCAAAAUGAAGAGAGAGAAGGAGAGGAUUACGUUCAUUCCUCUGUAUACAAAACUGACCAUGAAUUCCAAGCUCUUUGCUCUUUUGAUGAAUGGCUGUUUGUGUGUAUGUGGGCGAGCGUGUCUAUACAAAUAUAUAUAUUUCAGUGCAGCAUGGAAGUACUGGGCAUUCUUUGAAAUAAUAGAUCUAGCACAGCGCAUUUGUAUUAUUUAAGAUAGAAAUGUAUAUUAUAAGAGGAAAAUAUUUAAAAGGAAUAAAUAAUAUAUGAGCAUCAAA